AUGAACAUUGAUACGGACGACCUCACUUCCUUUCCGAUGGAAAGGCCCGGGAAACGCCCGCGCCUAUCGUUCGAUUCUGGAUUGGUAGAGGAUAUACCGGAGGAAUGGGACCUCCAGACCGCACGCGCGCAGAAUGACAAUAAGUUGAAGUCGAUCUUCGAGGGCAUCUUUGCGAAAUACGGAAAGGACUUUACGGAAGUCGGGGACGAGAUUAAUCUACAGACUGGGAAGAUCGUGGUCGACAAUGGACAUCUACUAGGUCUGCAGGAGGAGACCGACCCCCGAAACGAAGGACAGCCAUGGCUCGAGACGAACGAGGACGCCUAUUCCGAUGAAAGAGAAGAUUCAGAGAAGGAAACAGUCGAUUCUCAUGGGCCGCCUUUAUCAAGCUACAAAGAUGACGAUAUUGAGGGAGACGCCGACUCUGAUAGCAACGACUCAUUACUGGCUCCAGCACUGACCUACAAUCAAGCUGGAAGGUCGGAAGAUCCCAAACUAACCACCGGGAAACAAGUCGAGGAUCCAGGCCCGAAAGACCCUGUUUGGCAAGCCCCUGCAUUGCCGAGAUUAAUCUCGACGCCUACGGCCGAAACCCGGGCCAAGAGAGUUACGCCAAAACCCCCAACCUUCAUCAGGGAGCCCUCUCCACCUGGAUCGGGAUCCUUAUGGACUGUCCCGCGUCGCGGUCGACCACCAGGUCCAGGUCGACCACGCACUGAAGGAAAGCCCAAAGCGUCGCCGAGUGAAUUCCGCGCUCGGGCGAAACCCACGUAUCAUUCAAGCCCGGUGGCGCACAACUGGUCCUUUUCUCAAAUACCCGACGGUGACGAGUCAGACGACCCGCUCCAGGAGCAUCAGCCCUCUCCCACGCCGUCUAAAAUGACGAGCAUCCGGGGAAAGCGGAUACGGGGGGGCGUUCCCCGGGCCCAAUCGGCUACGCCGACCAAUUUUGAUGACGAUGCUGACAAUGAUACCUCCAAACGAGAAACACAUGGCAAUUGCCAUGUGGCAUUGGGUACUUCUUCACAAAGCCGUGCUUCUCAACAGCCGGAGUCUGGCUCCACGCCACGAUCAAUUACGGUGCCCCGCUAUAGAGUUCCGCGGUCAUCGUACAGAAUUAUAACGCCCGACGAAGGGCGGAUGAUAAUCCGCUUGCGACAUGUCGAGAACUUGGAGAUUAAGGAGAUCCAUGUUCGACUACCCAAUUGCAAGACCACACAGAUCUAUGCUUGGGAUUAUCAUCACUGGACUGAAGCUCGGCUAGACCCUCCUCAGCUCUCGGCUCCGUGGACUAAGAAAGAGAUGGAUAUUCUGGAGGAGCUGAAGGACACAGACGGUCUUUCCUGGGCCAAACUUACGGCCGAGCUGCCCGGCCGCUCCCGCAAAGAGAUCGAGUAUGAGCUGAUCCGUCUCUGGGUUGGUGAGGAUGUAUGGAACGCGGAAGAGUGGGGUCGGGAUGCAAAGGGCAAAGGUGUGCCUGAACCACCGUCCAACCCCAAUAAAAGAAAAAGGCCGCUGGACAAUGAGACUUCUGAGGUUGAUCCAGAACAUGAUGGCGAUACGGCUUCGCUUGGCUUCAAGAUGCUCAGCGAAAAUGAUUCUGAUUCUGAUUCUGAUUUUGAUGAAGACUCCGACUGCGACUCAGCCUUGAGCCACCUCACAGCCCGAAGCGCCAGGAUGCCGGGCAAAGGGCAGGGCCUCGCCGCGUAA